GACCGGGCUUUCUCCUUCGAGACCAAGUAAAACCGGACUCCCCCGGCUUUCUCCCCUCGAAAAUCCACGCGCAGUACAACAAUGGGCAAGCAGAAUCUCCCUGCUGCUGCUUUCGUCGUCUCCUUGUUCCUCUGUCUCCUCCUCCUUCCUAAAUCCUUCUCUUCUUCAUCGCUUCCGAUAACCGCUCAUACAGAGCUGAACAAUCAUGGCUUUCCGAUCGGUCUCCUUCCUUCUAACGUCCUUGAUUACACCGUCAAUAACACCACCGGCGACUUUUCCGUCAACCUCAGCUACACCUGUAAAGUUACUCUACCUCCGGACAACUACCUAGCAACCUACUCUAAGCGAAUCACCGGAAAAAUCAUCGCCGGUAAGAUCGCCGAGCUUGACGGUAUUAGGGUUAGGGCUCUGUUAAGCUGGUGGACCAUCACUGGAAUCAAAAUUAGCGGCGAUGAUCUCGUCUUUGAGGUUGGUAUGGUCAGUGCUAAGUAUCCGUCGAAGAAUUUCAAAGAGAGCCUUGAAUGUGAAGGCAAUCGAUCGUCUUCUUGAACAAAUCUCAUUGAACAACAGCGUGACUCUAGCUGGAGUAUAUGCUAAUAAGAAUACCUAUUAUAUAUGUUGAAGGGACUUGUUGGAUUGUAUUAAAUAUGCAUUUUCUUGUUUUAUGUUAAGUGUUAAGAUUUCUCUAAACUAUAUUAAUUAAUGUUCCAUGAAAUCUUGUCUAAACA